AGAGAAGUUGUCUGACAGAGUGCAUGCAUUAGAAAUGAGAUUGACAAAUACAAGUGAAGUUGAGGCUAAAAUUGAUAAUUUGAUGAAUGCACUGGAUGAUUUACUACUAGACCAUUUACAAACAAGUAUUAAGAACUCAGAAGACACAAUCCAGAAAAUACCUGCAUUAAGACAGGCAAUAAAGAAUAUAAAGGAUCAAGUGAAGGAGUCAAAGGAGCUGAGCAAAGAUUUAGGUGUAGGUGACGCUGAUAAACUCCUUGCAGAUGCUAAAGUGGCUUUAAAUAGAACCAAUGAAAAUAUUGCUACAUUAGAGGAGAGAGCAAGUACUCUAGAAGCUGCAAUUGACCCACUUGAGAAGAAGGAGAAUGCCUUGAGAGAGAACAUGCCUGGUAAAGAUAAGCUGGUAGAACAAGCCUGGGCUCAUGCUAAUAACCUCUCAAAAUAUGCCCAAGAUCUGGAAAAAAUGUUUGAAAGUACCCGAAAUGCUGCAGCAGAGCCUUUGAAGGCAGCAAGAGUGUUUGACAACAUAGCAAGGGCAAUAGAAGAGGCUGCUGUAGCUGCUAGAAAAGCUUUAGCAGAUGCUGAAAAUGCUACUGGAAUGACUGACUUUGAAGAUUUGAAAAAGUCGGUGAAGGCCUCACUGAGAAUAAGCAAAGAACUGUUGGAUCAAGCUAACAAGACUAUGAACAUUGGUGUUAAAGAUCUGGAUGAAGCUUUCAAUGAUGUGAACAGAAGACUGGAUUAUGUUGAUGAGAUAUCGUUAGACAGUAUAGACAGACACACAGACAUAAAGAAUGAUAUAGAUCAACUACCCAGAAAUGUUGUUGAUCGUAUAGCUGAAGUGAAGAAUUCUCUAGAUGACACAAAUAAAGUUUCUAAGCGAGUCAAUGAUCGUACCAGAGACAUUGUUGAUAAAGUAAACAAUGAAAUGAUGCCAAAAUUAAACGAGCUUCAGAAUAUUGUUGGAGACAAGUUUGAGGAUAUCUAUGUGUCCUUAUCUGGUACAAAAGAAGAUCUAACCACCAUGAGGAAUGUGACAGACUCUAUAGAUUCAAGGAUAGAACAGUCAAGGAAACUGAGGUCAGACUUGAGGGAUAAACUCAGUAAACUAAAACAGAGCAUUAGAGAGGCCAGGGAAGAGGCUAAUAAGGUUAAAACAUCUCUGAAAGCUAAGGGACAGUGUGUGAAGAAAUUCCGGCCUAUGGUGAAUCCAGGAACAAUAAACUCUAUAAGCUUUGCCUUCAAGACGGAUGAGCCUGAUUUAGACAUGAUGAUUGUCCUUAUACAGAACCCAGAGAUCAACACUGCUGAUGAUGACCAAUAUAAGGAAUUCUUGGCUGUUGAAUUACGCAAUCGUAAGAUUCGGUUUAGUUGGAAUGCUGGUGGUGGUACGGGAAGUGUAGAUAGUGAUGUCAUUAUUGAAUCACAAACUGAUAUCAUUAAAGAAACAGAAAAAUGGUACCAAGUCAAAGCUGAAAGGACUGGUCGUUUGGGACGUCUAUCAGUGCAUAAGUUAUCAAAGGAAGCUGGCUCUCCAAAAACAUCAUCAUCUCCUGUUGGGUCAUCAGUGAUGGGCCUUGGUGAAAAAACUGAUGUAUAUAUAUCUGGUAUACCGGAAAAUUAUCCCUUACCAAGUGGACUUACGUCAUAUAACUUCACUGGCUGUUUAGGGAGUGUAUUUAUUGAUGACAAGCUUGUUGGCUUAUACAACUUUGAGACAAAUAUCCAGGACACUUGUAAAGCCUGUCUUGAAGUACCAUCUCAGGCACCAGGGGCGAAUGUAUAUUCGUUUGAUGGUACAGGUUAUGCUGUCACAGACAAGAAUAGGAUACAGUCUCCACUCCUAGCUAACAUCAUUCUCGAAAUCAAAACAUACUGGGACAAUGCUUCACUCUUCUUUGUUGGAAAUGAAGAAUCAGGAGAGUACAUGUCACUAGAACUACGUAAUGGAAAAAUUGUGUUUAAUUUCUACCUUGGUGAAGGAACUUACGGAACAAUGCAGACAGAGCAAAGAUACAAUACUAAAAAAUGGGUGUCUGUUGCUGUUGCCAGGAGUGGACUUCUCGCUGUCCUUGAGGUUGCCAGUGAAAACUUCGUUAUUGAGGCACCGAGUGGAGACUACCUUCUUGAUGGAGUAGAGAGAAGUGACCUGUUUUUUGGAGGCAUGCCACCUUCAGUCAAUAUGGACAAAUACAUGGAGGCCUCAGGGAAGGAGAUUAUUACAGACAGGUUUCUGGGUUGUAUGAGCGGAUUACAAAUUGCUGUAGAUUCUGUGAAUCUCUGGGAUGGCAAGUCAACUGUUGGUGUUACAGAAGGCUGCAAGGAUAGAGGCUUUAGGUCAAUAGGGUUUUAUGGAUCUGGGUUUGCGGAGUACCCAGGUAUGAGUCUGGACUCAGCUGAUGGAGACCUGUCUGUAUCAUUUAAAACACAGCAACCAGACGCUUUACUCUUGUUAGCUAAGAGCAUAAAUGGUGAUCAAUAUUACUACCUAACAAUAACUGAAGGUCAUGUGGAGGGCAGAUUCAGUGGAGGAGGUACACCAGUUAUUGUCAAGUCAGACAAUACCUACAAUGAUGGCAAGUUGCAUAACAUUGCUGUGAAGAAAACAGACAGGAAGAUUGAACUAUUUGUUGAUGAUAAAUCAAUAGGAAGGGGUCGUCUAGGAAACCGUUUUUGAUAAGAUUACAGUAAGAGAGGAUGGUGGAUUAUACCUUGGUGGACUGCCGACAAAUUUUGAUACAAA